AGCUUGGGAGGCGCAGGGGCAGAGGAGCCAGAGGGGAUCCGGACGGGAAGCCGCGAGCGAGGCUGGAGAAGAGCCCGGGCCAUGGAGGGAGCCGCGGGGGGCGAGCAAGCUCCCGGCUACAGUUUUAUUCUGAGCAUUAGUGAAGAAGGGGCCAGGGUGAAGGCUUUGAAUGAGUACCUCAGCAGCCGUAGCUACCUGCAGGGCCACACCUUCUCCCAGGCAGAUGUGGAAGCCUUCAGGCAGUUUACAGACCCGCCUGGGGACCAGCAUUUCCACGUGGCCCGCUGGUUCAGGCACAUCCACGCCCUGGCUGGCGGGAGCCCUGGCACGCAGGAGCCUUGUAGACUGCAAACAAGUAAGGGCCGGCGCGCCCGGCCUCAGUGGUCUCCUCCAGCCGGAUCUGAACCCUGUAAACUGCGCCUGUACAACAGCCUAACCCGCAGCAAGGAUGAGUUUGUGCCGCAGCAAGGAAGGAGAGUGACCUGGUACUGCUGUGGACCGACUGUGUACGAUGCCUCCCACAUGGGCCACGCCAGGUCGUACAUCUCAUUUGACAUCCUGAGGCGAGUGCUGCGGGAUUAUUUUAAAUACGAUGUCUUCUACUGCAUGAACAUUACGGAUAUUGAUGAUAAGAUCAUCAAGAGAGCACGACAGAACCACCUCUUUGAGCAGUACCGGGAAAAGAAGCCGCACGUGACCCAGCUCCUCGAAGACGUGGCGACCGCCCUGAAGCCCUUUACUCUCAAGUUAAACGCGACCACCGAUCCUGACAAAAAGCAGAUGCUGGAACGGAUCCAGGACGCCGUGCAGCUGGCGGUAGAGCCACUGGCCAGACUCGUGCAAAGAAACGCAUCGGGAGAGGAGGUGGACGCCUGUGCUGAGGCGCUGUUGGAGAAGGCCAAGGACCUGCUUUCUGACUGGCUCGAUUCCCGGCUGGGCUCCCAGGUGACGGACAACUCCAUCUUCUCGGAGCUCCCGCAGUUCUGGGAGGCGGACUUCCACAAGGACAUGGAGGCCCUGAACGUGCUCCCUCCGGACGUCUUAACUCGCGUCAGUGAAUACGUGCCUGAGAUCGUGCGCUUCGUUCAGAAGAUUGUGGACAACGGCUACGGUUACGUGUCCAACGGUUCUGUCUAUUUUGAUACAGUGAAGUUUGAUUCUAGCGAGAGACACUCUUAUGCCAAGCUGGUGCCGGAAGCCGUCGGGGAUCAGAAGGCCCUCCAGGAGGGAGAAGGAGACUUGAGUAUUUCAGCAGAUCGAUUAAGUGAGAAGCGCUCUCCAAAUGAUUUUGCUCUCUGGAAAGCUUCCAAGCCUGGGGAGCCGUCCUGGGAAUGUCCUUGGGGAAAGGGCCGCCCAGGCUGGCACAUCGAGUGUUCUGCCAUGGCCGGGACCAUUCUGGGACCUUCGAUGGACAUUCACGGUGGAGGCUUUGAUCUUAGAUUCCCCCACCAUGACAAUGAACUGGCUCAGUCAGAGGCAUACUUUGAAAAUGACUGCUGGGUUAGAUACUUCCUUCACACGGGCCACUUAACCAUCGCAGGCUGCAAAAUGUCAAAGUCUUUAAAGAACUUCAUCACCAUCAAGGAUGCCUUGAAGAAGCAUUCGGCACGCCAGCUGCGGUUGGCAUUUCUGAUGCACUCUUGGAAGGAUACGCUCGAUUACUCCUGCAACACCAUGGAGUCUGCCAUUCAGUACGAGAGAUUUAUGAACGAGUUUUUCUUAAAUGUGAAAGACGUUCUUCGUGCCCCAGCGGAUGUGACGGGUCAGUUUGAGAAGUGGGAAGCCCAGGAGCUCGAGCUGAACAACACUUUUUAUGCCAAGAAGGCAAUGAUUCACGAGGCCCUCUGUGAUAACAUCGACACGCGCACGGUCCUAGAGGAGAUGCGGUCUCUGGUCAGCCAGAGCAAUCUCUACAUGGCGGCUCGGAAGUCUGCCCGACAACUGCCCAAUCGAGGCCUGCUGGCGACCAUCAGCGCUUACCUCACCCACAUGCUGAAGAUCUUUGGUGCCAUAGAAAGCGAAGAGACGCUGGGCUUUCCGGUCGGUGGGAGUGGGCCCAGCCUGAACCUUGAGACCACGGUGAUGCCCUAUCUACAGGUGCUCUCAGACUUCAGAGAAGGGGUGCGGAAAAUUGCCCGGGAGAAGAAAGUCACCGAGGUGCUGCAGCUCAGCGACGCCCUCCGGGACGACGUCCUCCCCGAGCUUGGAGUGCGGCUGGAGGACCAUGAAGGCCUUCCGACUGUGCUCAAACUGGUGGACAGAGACACCUUAUUAAAGGAGAGAGAAGAAAAAAAAAAGGCUGAAGAAGAGAAAAAGAAGAAGAAAGAAGACGCUGCUCGGAAGAAGCAGGAGCAGGAAGCGGCCAAACUCGAAAAGAUGAAGAUUCCACCAAGCAAAAUGUUUCUGUCAGAAAAUGAUAAGUACUCCAAGUUCGAUGAAAAUGGAUUUCCCACACAUGAUGCAGAGGGCAAAGAACUCAGCAAAGGACAAACAAAGAAGCUAAAGAAACUUUUUGAAGGUCAGGACAAACUCCAUAGAGAGUAUUUACAGCUGGUUCAAAAUGGCAGCUUAAAAUGAGAAGAGAAGGCAGACGGAUUUUCUUGAAGUCAUCCAAGGUGAAGGAGUGAUUCUUCUGUGCCUGCCGACAGCCAUCCAGACUGCCUCCUCAAGCACUUGUUGUGUUGACCGUUUCUCUGGCGUCCCAGACUGAGGGUUUGGAUGGUGCAGAUGGCCAUCAUGCAUUGUCCACUUUAGAAUUUUGGAAAUUAAAUGGCCCGAAGGACCUUGAAGCCGAGCCAGCUUUCCUCUCCCACGUUGCCUGUGCGGCGCUCCCAGAUGGUGAUGCUCGGUCAGCAGCUGCCAGAUGAGGGGCCCCCUCAGUGUGAUGGCUUCAGCCGACUGAGAAAACUGUCUCCCAUGCUGAUUGUUAUCCAGCUAAUCUCAGCUGUGGUCUGAGGGCAUCGGCCUGAGAGAUGUUAGGAGGUGAAUAAAAUGUCCAACAAUUGUAUAGCAGAACCCACUGAGAGACCCUAAACAAAGGUUUGCCUUUUCAGUCAUAACGAAUAAAUCCUUCACCAGUUC